CGUCAUCGUCAUCAGCGGCGGCGGUAGCAGCGGCCCCGAUCACUACUCGAGCCGAUUCGUAAUCAUCGAUCAUCAACCCAUCGAUCAUCAAGCCAUAGAUCAUCAACCCAUCGAUCAUCAACCCAUCGAUCAUCGUCGAUCGGCGAUUCUUAUCGCCUGUCCGUCUCGGCGACUGGCGGCUUCCCGUCCCGGCAGGAGCCGAGGCGGCGAGCAGCCGAGGAGGCCGCAAGCCCCGAGCCGCGUCCUGCCCCCGCGGCCAGCCUCGAGCCGGCGCAGGAGGAGGAGGAGCCAUGGCGAGCCCCAGGACUCGGCGAGUGCUCAAGGAAGUCCGCGGCCAGGACGACAACGCGACGUGCUUCGAGUGCGGAGCGUUCAACCCGCAGUGGGUGAGCGUCACCUACGGCAUCUGGAUCUGCCUCGAGUGCUCGGGGAGGCACCGGGGGCUCGGGGUGCACCUCAGCUUUGUGCGCUCAGUCUCCAUGGACAAGUGGAAGGACCUGGAGCUGGCGAAGAUGAAGGCGGGGGGCAACACGAGGUUCCGCGCCUUCCUGGGGGAGCGCGACGACGUGGAGGAGGGCUGGACGCUGCAGGAGAAGUACAACAGCCGCCCCGCCGCCCUCUACCGUGACAAGAUCUCGGCGCAGGCCGAGGGGCGCGAGUGGUCCGAGGAGACGUCGGAGGCCCGGAACUGGGCGCCUCCGCAGGCCGGCGGCCGCCUCAACGCCUCCCACAGGAACAGCAGCAGCAGCUCCAAGCAGCAGGCGCCCUCCUCCUUCGCCACGACCAGCGACUACGAGGACUGGCUCGGUGACGACAGCUACCAGAGCGGCGGUGGCCACAGCGGCCAUGACAGUCGCUACGUCGGCUUCGGCAACACCGUGGAGCCGCAGAAGAAGGACGACGACCUCCUCAACAACGCCAUGUCCUCCUUCUACUCCGGCUGGAGCAGCUUUGCGGUGGGGGCGAGCAAGAUCGCCACCGUGGCCAAGGAAGGGGCCGCUAAGCUGGGAUCCCAGGCAUCUCAAAAGCUGUGGGGCAACAAGGAUCCGGCAUCUGAGCUAAGCCAGACGAUGAGUGAUAACAUCAUCAAGCCUGCGACAGACAAGGUUAAGGACGGCAAGAUUCUGGACGACGUGUCGUCGUCGGUCUCACACCUGGCCACCAAGAUGCAGGACGUGGGAGCCAAGGGCUGGAGGGAGGUGUCGAACCUGUGGUCGGGGAGACAGGGCCACGAGACGCUGCCCGGAGUCGACUCGCCACACCGAGAGGGCGACACAGCGGCACAGAACAGCAGGAAGUGCGCUGACGGGACCUUCUGGGAUGACUUUGGGCACGAGUCGCAGGCCGGGGCGCCAGCGGCUGACAUCGACAACUGGGACUUUGUGAGCGAGCACAGCGCAGCGCGGACGCAGGACGGCUGGGACGGCUGGGGCGCGGAGCAAGACGACAAGAAGGGCGGCAGGGGCGGUGGCGGUGGCGGCAGGGGCGGCGGCGGCGGCGGUGCCGGCGAUCCACGCCGGCAGGACAGCUGGGAUGCCUCCUGGGAUUCCGGCUGGGACGUCGGGAAGAAGGAGAAGAGCAAAGCGAACGACGGCGCUGGCGGCGACGCAGGAGGAGGUGGGGGAGCCGUCGACAGCAGCAGCAGCAAGCGGGCAGCCAAGGCUGAGGAGCAAGACGCCUGGGACGCCGUGGGGUGGUAGCCGGCAUGGGAGAGACGCUCGCUGGGUGCGCGAGCGAGGCCACGCUCCCCCAGCGGUGGCCCCUCCUCCGAGUUGCGACGGCGAGGCGGAUGUGGUACUGGACUGGGGGGUUCGUCGUAUCCAGCGUCGGUGGGGGGGGGCGGCGGCGUCCGAUGUCCGGGUCGGUGGCGCGUUAAAUGUCAUCUCGGUCGGUCUUCGUCGGUGUGGUGAAUUCUUGACAGGGAGGGGAGCAGUCCACGUCUCUCUCUCGGUGCUCCUGCCACGCUCUCUUCUGUCCGUGCUUUGCGCCCUCCAGCGUCUCGUCCCCCCCCCUCCUCCCCGCCGCUGUGACCCAAACUCGGCCAAAGUCACCUCAAAGUCAGGAUUUUUUAGCGAGGGGGGGUGAGAGGAUUGGUCGGCACGUGUGCGUGCGUACGUACAUUGGACUUGCUCCGCAUCACCGCACGUCGCCAGCCGUGGUAAGGGGAGGUGCGGGGUUGGGGUGUGGAACAUGCGACCAAGUUUCAGGUGUCCGCGGUGCCGGGUGACGUUGCUGCUACUCUACUCGCGUGGCUCCCAAUUGAGUAGUUGCAGGUGAACAAAAAACCGUCAGCAUUGGGGCCACGUUCCGGAAAGUGGGAAAUCGUUUUCAACCUCGAGGCAGUCUGAAACAAAUAGGCGGAGCAUCGGUCCGUACGCUGGUCGUGAUAUGGUUUACGAAACGUCGAUCCGAGACCGGGCCUGCGGUGAAUAGCUUCACGGGAGAUUGACUCGAAGCGCCUUAUAAACGACGACGUGAGAUAUUCGUUCGUCAUUAGUUGUGAUGCCCGUGACAGCGAUUCCCCUCUGUGUGGUUUGGCUGGGGGGGGGGGGGGUGUUUCGGCCCCAAGGCCCCCUUAUCGAUUUUUGGUUUUCUUCCUCUCUGUGCGCAGGCAAUUACAACAUCGACGCCGGGACACGUCGGCUCAAUCUUAGAGGCCCCAGUGCAUUCGUCCCUCCAAAUUGCAGACGACGGCGAAGCGGUUUCGUUCGUUACACCUGCAGAGUGGAAACUGACGCUCGGCAACACGAAUAACGCGGCCUGCGACAACAUUGUACUCGCUGCAGUGCCGCCGCCGGCUUUUGAUAGCGAGUAAUUAAAACCUUUUAAUAGCGAGUAAGUAAAACCUUUUGAUAGCGAGUAAUUAAAACCUUUUGAUAGCGAGUAAGUAAAACCUUUUGAUAGUAAUUAAUUAAAAUCAAGCCGUCAGGAUUUCCUUCACGACUAGCUGCCGUGGGUCUUACACGAGCCCAGCCCCGCGUCGAAAUGAAUCGCAGCCGAAUACUCUAAAAACACGCGGCGAUGUCGAUUAUAAAUGCGGAGGAGGGAAAAAGCACGGGAGCCGGAGAUAAAUCCAGGCGACCACGGGCAGAGAGAGAGAGAGAGACACCGCAAACUCCAAAUGCACAGCAGGCGUCAGGGGUCAGGGAUCGAACCCACGAUCUCCUGUAUACCUGGCGAGGUAGUUAACAUCUCGCCACUGCCGCCGUCACUGCUGUUGAUGUAUUUUAAGUGUUGGGGGGGGGGGGGGGGGCGGGGAAUGACUGUGCAGACAUUGGCACUCCGAGGGAUGUUCAGGAAAUUAAAAUUAAAACUGAUGGAGGGGAUCCCUUGACGCGUGAUGUGCCCACUGAGCAAAGACAAAGAUCCCCGUAUAGCCUCAACAGAUUGUUGGGGCAAGUGCUGUUAGCGAGCACCUUUGAAGGCCGGCACUGGCACACCAGGGUAUGGGUGGCUCGACCGUCUUUGUCUCCCCAGUCGUGAUGUUUUACACGCCGCACCAGGUACUCAUUUGAGGCCGAGUCGACCUAGGGGAGGCCCAGGACCGGUUCAGAUAAUCGUGACCGGCGUUGGCCGUGAGCGGGAAUCGAACUCGGGUCGCCGGGUUGGUAGUGCAGCGCAGCGCUAACCGCCACGCUACCGCUCCCCACACUCGCACACAGACACAGACACACUCGCACACAGACACACUCGCACACAGACACAGACACACUCGCACACAGACACAGACACACUCGCACACAGACACACUCGCACACAGACACAGACACACUCGCACACAGACACACUCGCACACAGACACACUCGCACACAGACACAGACACACUCGCACACAGACACACACACACUCGCACACAGACACAGACACACACACAGACACACUCGCAGACACACACAGACACACUCGCACACAGACACACACACACAGACACACUCGCACACAGACACACUCGCACACAGACACACUCGCACACAGACACUCGUACACAGACACACUCACACACAGACACACUCGCACACAGACACAGACACACUCGCACUUGCACACAGACACACUCACACUUGCGAGUCUGCCUGGAGCCGUCUGCCGAGGGUUCCGUUGAGCGAGCGCGAACCGUCUUUCUCGCGUCGGGUCACACCGACCACUCUCUCAUUUCAGUGUUCCGGUCGCCGUGAUAAAAACACUCGAAGGGAAACAAUAAUGACGGUAACGUCACGGUCGUAGAUUCACAUCGGGUCUUCGUUGGUGCCCAAGAGGAGUUGGUGAACUCCGGCUCAAUGAAAGGCUGUGGGAUCUUGGCUGGUGGGAGGAAAACAAAAAACGUCUCUUGAAUAACUUGGAGCUGUUUUUUUUAGGCUUAGCCCCAACUGGGACUGGAGUCCAACAUCACGUCGCUUGAACCUAAAACCUUUGGGUGCUUGUACAUUUUAUGAUGACAAAUUCUAUUCGUUUCAAGCUCCAAUCUUUCCCAUGGCUCUUUGCGUCUGUUGCUUAUUGCUUGAUUAUUUUUUACUUUCAGCCUUGUCAAUCCACGCCGGUUUGACGAUACUUUACCACCACGCCGGUCAGUGCGGGCUGAUGAAGUUGUCGGAGGAAGCCAGGAAGCGGUUCAUGCGUCGCUCGUCACGUGUUCACCACGGUUCAUGCGUCGCUCGUCACGUGUUCACCACGGUUCGUGUGUUGCUCGUCACGUGUUCACGGUUCACGCGUCGCUCGUCACGUGUUCACCAUGGUUCAUGUGUCGCUCGUCACGUGUUCACCACGGUUCAUGCGUCGCUCGUCACGUGUUCACCACGGUUCGUGUGUCGCUCGUCACGUGUUCACCACGGUUCAUGUGUCGCUCGUCACGUGUUCACCACGGUUCGUGUGUCGCUCGUCACGUGUUCACCACGGUUCAUGUGUCGCUCGUCACGUGUUCACCACGGUUCAUGCGUCGCUCGUCACGUGUUCACCACGGUCCAUGCGUCGCUCGUCACGUGUUCACCACGGUUCAUGCGUCGCUCGUCACGUGUUCACCAUGGUUCAUGUGUCGCUCGUCACGUGUUCACCACGGUUCAUGCGUCGCUCGUCACGUGUUCACCAUGGUUCACGUGUCGCUCGUCAUGUGUUCACCACGGUUCACGCGUCGCUCGUCACGUGUUCACCACGGUUCGUGUGUUGCUCGUCACGUGUUCACCAUGGUUCACGCAUCGCUCGUCACGUGUUCACCAUGGUUCACGCGUCGCUCAUCACGUGUUCAGCAUGGCCAGGAAUCGACCUCGAGGUCACGGGCCUCUCAGCCCUAACACCACCGCUCCUCUUCCCAAAGCCGUCCGAGUGCUCGCCGCCACUCGGGAGCGAGCAGCUCCAGGACGCGGCCAGUACGGGACGACGGUGCCCGGCGCCCUCCGCUCCCACCGCGAGCGUGUUCUGUGUUUUAAAACGCAGCGGCCGUGCUCGCCGCGGCGACUCCCGACCACUGCACUCGCGACGACUUGCUAUUGGACGCAGGAGUGGUUUGGGGGGGCCAGUAGGGCUGCCGAGUGAGGAUUAGGGGGGGCAACGGAAUCGUGAUACGCCGCUUAGGAGAGGAGUGAUCUUUGGUGACAUUUGGUGGUGCAGGGCCUACCCUAGCGCCAGCCCGGACCCCACGGUGUCCCGCGUGCGUGCUCAGUAGCUGUUGAGGCUAAUUCCACCUACACGCCACCGCUGCUGCAAAAUGUAUGGUUUUUUUCCGUCGAUUUGACACCAAAUGUUUAACGAACGCAAAAAAAAGCCAAAACUUUUCCAUCUAAUCGGCGAUGCGUGCCGUGGUCGCAUCCUUGUAGCGGCACUGAUCGGGCACCGGAGGGGUUUGUUUAACAUCCGCGUGCGUGCACGUGCGUGUGCCAGAAGGCAGGGGGCGGGUGUUGCUGUCGAGCGGCAAAGGAGGUGCGCGCACGCUCGCGCGAUUGUCUCUCGCACCAUAAUUGGAUAACGUGAAGGGGGGGGGAGGCGCGUUUGAUCGCGCGGUUGCCCUCUGCAACUUAACUAAAAAGAACUAAAACUGUUCGCUCCCCGCUCCCCCUCUGUUGUCGGUAUGAAUGGACCAAGAGAAACGAAGUGAAACGCGCUGCUCGAGGGAGCGGGAGCUGAAACGCGUUCAGGACAACCUCAAGGGCAAACGGCAAUGUGCAAUAGUGCCGGCAUUUAAGAAACCGGGGCGGCGCUGUUUAGGCCGCUUGCUGCAGUCCAGCCGGCGCGCGUUGUGUACGCGGGGGGUGGGGUGGGUGGGAUUCGUGCAUUCGCGUACGGCAGAGAGAGAGCGGGGGGGGAACGACUUACCAAAACGCCACCGGUGAAAGUGAAUAUAAAAAAACAAAGAAUUAUUAUUAUAAGUGUGCCGUUAAACCCGCCGCCGCCCGUCACGGACAAUUUGGCGAGGUUCGCCCGCGUAAACAAGACGUGCCGAUUGUAGAUUUGAUAGUUUGGCACACCGAUUGUAUGUGUGUGUCGGAGAGUAAAAAACAACCCAAGACGUUCACAAUACGAGUAACCACGACGUUUCGCCGGUGAUUACCACAAACAACAACAACAACCAGCCAAGCCUAUCUAGGCAACGGCCACAAUUGUGGAGAAUUCCUCCCGUUUUGGUCUUAAAUGGAGCGGUCGAUGUCAUCGCUGUGGGCCUGUCGGGUUAAUAAUGGUCGCGUUCGGCCCAACAAGUAGAACUACUGCUGCGCUCUGUGCGCCACGUGAUUCGUCGUUGUCGCCGUUGUUGCUGCUGCAUACACCACCCACGCUGUUCGUUUUCGGCACGAGGCUCCUGCUGCGUUUUGAGAAUUGAGGUCUCAAAUGCGGCACAGAGAUGGGCAGGUUUCCUGAGACCCCCCCCCCCGCCCCCCCAACUCGUCACGGCGAGCCCAGAGGUGGGCUUUGGCUUUUCGAGGCCACAUUCUCCCUGAUGAGGGCCCAGUAAAAAGUCAAAAACGGCCCAGCUCCUGCAAUCGAGACGAACGCUCGUGGUGAGCGUUAUCGGGAAUUAAAUGUAGCUCCUCGGUAGGAAGAUUUCCUUGCCCUGUCGCGCAUUCGUAAUUAAAGUAGUUGGCCGGAACCUGCAUGAAAAACCGUGGAAUCACCGAUGUUUGUUUCAACCCCGCUUCCUACCGUGUUUCUGCACGUGCAUGGAUACACAGCUGUGCAUGACUGUAUUUUACAAACGAUACUCCAGCUGACACACCAUCGUCGUGACCACGUCACCAGGAUCGUGCCCCGAUCUCGUCUCGGAUCUCUGACGCUCAGCAGGCGUGCGCUUGCGGAUGGGUGACCACGACGCAGAAUGGGGUUGUCGUCCAGGUGGCUGCCGGGAUCCAUUCGGGACAUUUGGUCAAAUGCAUUGUUGUGUUGCAGUUAUACGCUCCCACGUCCUUUGCUCCCCAGUUUCACUAACCCAGUGACCGGCGUGGCGAAGUAUGGUCAAGUAGCCCCCCUCCCCCAACGGCCUGCACAGUAUGGGGGGAGGAUGCCCUCAUCCAGCUCACCAUCGUGUGGAAAUGUCGAGCAGCAGCCAAAUACUCUAAACGUGACGUCGAUUCGAAAUGCGGAGGGGAAAAUACCUGAGGACCCGGAGAAAAAUCCACACGACCAUGGGGAGAGAGAGAGACACACACCACAAACUCCAAAUAAUGGAACCCACGCCCUCCUGUAUACCAGGCGAAGUAGUUAACAUCUCGCGGCAGUAUUAACCAGGGCGGCCGCUUGGGUUCGCACCACAAACAUCUGCAACGGGGCGGCCAACGUGCUACCGCACGGGUCACCGCCCCUGCCGAAUCUAUUGCACAAUACGAUAGAACCCCUCUUAACGACGGUGAUUGGUGCCACAAAACCGGCCGUUAAGUGACUUGGUCGUUAAGCGAGUAUAGGAAAUGCACGUUAAAGACUUAAUUCGUUCCGAUAGCAUCGAAAGUUACCUCACCAAAAUAUACGCACUUUAAUAUACUUAAACAAUUGAUAUUAAUACAUGAAGAUACUAACAAAAUGAUAAACACAUAGUUUCAAAAAAAGGCUUAAUGCAUUCAUAUUUACUGUACCUAGAACAGCACGCCGUUAACAGGGGAAUGGUCGGUAAGCGAACACAUUGGGCUCCUAGAGGCCUGUCAUUAAGCGAUUAGUCGUUAACAGGGGUUCUACUCCACUAAUAUUGAAACCAAUUCUAACGCUCUCCGUUUACGACGGGGAAAACUCAUCAAACAGAACACGUUCAUGCAGGGGCUGGAGAAUGAUGAAUCGUGAGCGGCAAGUGGUGGUAAUAGCACGAAAAAUGUGAUUAUUCGACGUGAGAGAGAUGCGAUUGUGACCACAAGAUCGGUCCUCCUGCGAUGCGCGCGUCACGUGAUGCCACGGUACUGCAUGCCCAGCGCCUCCCUCGUUAUUCGCGGCGAGGGAAGCAGAUUUCGCGGAUAAUGAUAUUGGCCGAGGAAAACCUUUUAAAUGAUUUACCGUAAAUAAAUACAUGAGCUAUUAAAUACGUGACGAUUAUCGUGACACAAUUUGAAUUGGUCAUAAUAAACAAAGUAAAUACUAAAUAAAUAUAAAAGGAUUAAAUAAUAGUUUAUAAUGAACUUACCUUAUUUCAUCAUAUUCUCUCUCAUCACUUUUUCUCAUCGCUUUACCUCUCAUCGCUUUAUCUCUCGUCACUUUAUCGCAUCACUUUAUCUCGCAUCACAUUCUCUCUCAUUACUUUCUUUAUCCGUGGACAGCCCAAUUCGUGAAUAACGCACCUUUGCCGCCUACGAAUAACCUUUUGUGCGUAACGUUUACACUCCGUCUUGCGCCGUUUACACUCCGUCUUGCGUCGUCGACUGCAACGCAAUAUCAGCAGCGGGAUGCGUUUAGGUUAUUUUUCUUGUUAAAAUUUAAAUAGAUCCGAAAUGAUUUUGGUUACCAAUGCGUGGGUAGGUGGGAAACCAUUUGCCAAUCCACUGCCUGAUUAAUGCCCCGCCACGCUCUAUCGGUCAGGGGGUUUGUUUGACCAUACUUCACCAGGAUUUUGUGAUGGGUGGGGAGGGUGGCCAGGGACCUGUUCAUAUAUCAAUUGCAGCCAAUAUUAACAGGGACUGGGAAUAGAACUCAUGCCUCUGGGUAUCGUCGCAACCGCUCCAUUUUGCGAGUCGUUAAAGUUAAUACGGAGAGUGGUGCAGGGGUGGGGCUUCACACACCCAUUCUCUACACGUUGCUGUUGUUGUUCAAUGGCGAUUUUAGCCGUAUACUCAAGUUUGGCAAAAAAAAAUGUUUUUUUAUAUUUGUGUUGCUGUAGUAACCAUGUCAUUUUGCCAGACGUUCUGGCGUUUUAAAGUAGUUUCCUUUAACGCAUAAUUCCACACCACCCGAUUUGCUUGUCAAUUACCGAGUACAAGCUUGGGGCUCGCCGACAGACAUGCCACUGAAGCAAUUCGAGUAGUGACGUCGCCAAUGAUUACAACAACCUGCAUCAUCAGGCGACAGCCAGUUGUGCUGCUGGUUGUAAUUAGUGGCGAAACGUCACUCGAAUUGCAAAUGUUGUAGGUUUACUCUCCAACACAAGCGGUGUGCUGUACUGGUAACAAAUUUGCACGUUUUGUUUUUGGGACAAACCUUAAUAAUUGGCUGUGUCGGGUGGUGGUGGGGUUUAACGACACAUUUAUAUUUACGCGAUCCAACCCAUUUAUUCUGGGGAUUUCCAAAGCGUGGCGUGAUGCCAAAAAAAAAGAUGUUUAAGACUUCGUCACAUUAUCAGCAGGACAUGGUUUUCACGUCAUCUAACAAAUCCCAAAUUUAAUUAUCACCUGGAAAUAAAGACUUGAGAGAGAGAAUAUUGUUUGUAAAUUAAUUUUGUAAAUUUUUCACUAAGUUUAUCCCGAUUGUGCUGUUGGCGGCAUGAGAUAGACAUCUCCUGAACGACCGCGCGAAAGCGAAUUCCGUUGCAGAGCUACCUCCAAGACCCACACACAGAGCAUCUCACUUCCCACGUUGGUGAACGGCAUGCGGAAGCGGAUAUCAAAGAGCUACCUCUGAGAUUCCUUCGAGUGACCUCUCUGGUGCACGCAUGCUAUGGGGGCAGCCACAUGCCACUCGCUCGGCUACACCAGAGUAAAUGCUCGCCGUGCCACGGACAAACUCGUAGUUUUAAUUCUCUAGAGCUGUAAUUUCGCCAACUUAAGUGCACAACCAGAAUGUGAUGCGUGUUUUAUUUGUGCUGUCGUUGCUGACCAGGCUAACUGGCCCCCCGCUGACUUACAACUACUACAAAUUAGGGAUUGACUGAACUGCCUUGCGAGCGAUGGAUUUCAAGGGGGCCUUCGUUCAUUGUUAAAUAGCAGCUGCCGAUCGUGGUGCGUUACGGGGCAGGCGUGUGGAUCUUUUUUCUUGUCGUACGGCUGACGUAGAUGCAGAGAAACAACGACAAUUUCACAUUCCGGUGGUCAAGCCAGACAACCGCGUCAGGCGCAGCCGAGUAGUAGUAGUGUAUCAUCGCUGUGUGGACAAUAGUGGCUGAACGGUCGCGUGCUCUGGGGAAUCGUGUCGACCAUUACGAACCCAUUGGGGUUGCGAACCGUAUUGCCGAGUGUUAAUUUAAGUGUGAUGUUGUGCCGUCUUCUGUAACUGUACCCUAUUCAUUGACCCUUUCCCGUUCCGAUGACGUGCAUACGUACGUACACGUCAUGAGUUGUUCUUCCAAUUCUAUUGCCGUGUUAAUUUAAGAAAAAGCUGAAAUAAAAUCACGUUAUCGUUACCGAGGCUCCCACAAGGCCAUGCUGGAGGGCCGUGUGUGGUACAGUUUGGCCGCCGGCUAUCGUCGAGUGGCAGCGGUGGUGUCGCUAACAGUUCUCUGCGGUGACAAUGUAAACUUAAAACUACGGCGCUACUACGCCUCUAAAUAUAAUUAACGCGAACCGUUCGCGCGUUCCGAGAUUCGGCGGUGAAUGGGACGCCCACCACCCUGCAACUUGCGGACGUCUUGGAGCGGGAAAGCGAUCAAUGUUCUCCCGUGUGUGUUCCCACCCCACCUCACCCCCACCGCGGGUGAUCGUAUUGCAUGGCAGCGCAACGCCUUAAUAACGUUUACCAAAUCGGGCGUUGCAGUUUGCUGUAAAUUCAACUUCGUGACGAGCUUUGAGCGAAACGGUUUUAAGUGGAAUGCAAUCUCAUUAAACUAUCGAGUCUUUUUUU